AUGAAGUAUGGGAAGUACUUAGCCAAGCGCCAACUGGAUAUUCCAGAGUACUCAAAUUACUUUAUGAACUAUAAGGCUCUUAAAAAGGUCAUCAAAUCUCUUUCUGCCCCAGUUGCCGCUAGAUCUCCUCAAGAUGUUGAGAAAAUCCUUCAAGAUAACAAAGCCUCUUUCUUUUUCCGCGUCGAAAGAGAACUUGAAAAAGUCAAUGCCUUUUAUAUUCAAAAAGAAGCAGAGCUUAAACUCCGACUAGACAUUUUAAUACAAAAAAAAAUCACAGCUUAUCAAAGUGGCGCCCUAUUAUCUUCUUCAACCUCAUCUCUCGCUUAUAUCACUCUCCAUGAAGGCUUUCAGCGAUUUCUUAGAGACCUCGACAAACUAGAACAGUUUAUAGAACUCAAUGCAACAGGGUUUUCCAAAGUUCUCAAGAAAUGGGACAAGCGCUCAAAGUCACAAACAAAAGAACUUUAUCUUUCCCGCGCCGUUGAAGUCCAACCUGUUUUCCAUCGCGAAGAGCUUGCUGACAUGUCAGACAAGGCAUCAACUUCAAUUCUUGAACUAAAGGCUUGGGCCGAAGGUGAUUCCGUCUUUUUUGAGGGUAAAAGUAGCGAUGACAAGACCUCGGAAAAGGACAACGUAAAUACCCAAAAGUCUGCUAAUACUACUGCAACAUCAACUACCACUACAACAUCAAACAUCAAGGUCAAUCUUCAAAAUCCUAUAGAACAGUCUCAAAUCUUGACCUCAUCAACUGAUGAUCUUUACUAUGAAUUCAUCAAAACUGCUUCUUCUACUGAUACCAACUCUGAUACCACAAAAAAGGUUUUUGCAGAAUGGAUCUCUCGCCUUUCCCAACUUGAAGGCGCAAAAGAACGUAUUACAAGUAUCUUCUUGUUAGCUAUCCCAACAAAGGCAUCUGAUGCCGCUCUUAUUGCACUCUACGAUUCUGGCUAUGUGGAUAUUCAUGCCAUUGACGAAAUCAAUAACCAAUCUGUUCUCCACAAGGCUGCAAUGGUAGGAAGAACAGUCAUUGUAGAUUUGGCUCUAGAUCAAGGUGUUUCUCCAUCUUCCCAAGAUACUUAUGGCCGUACCCCCCUUCAUUACGCCUGUCUUCACAAUAAUGUCGAUCUGAUUGAAAAAUUUAUUAAAAAGGGCGCUAAUGUUGAUGCUUUGGAUAAAGACAACUUCUCUCCUUUAUUAUGUGCAAUUAUCUCCAAAAAUUCCCAAUGUGUCCGUCUUCUCAUCAACUUUGGAGCAAAGGGUGAUGGUGAUUCUGAAAAGUUGUACAUCCCGCUUAAUUUUGCUUGCCAAUACGGCAUUUACGAUGCUACAGAGAUGAUUCUCAAUCGCUGGCCUAAUGUCAUCAAACCAGAUGCCGAGGGUUUAUAUCCUAUUCACAUUGUUGCUAGAGCAGGCCAUCAUAACCUCAUUCCUCUUCUCACUAAAUAUGGCACCAAUGUCAACCAAGUCGACAAGCUCAACAAAUGGACAGCUCUUUUUUAUGCCGCAUCCGAAGGCCAUGCACUAGCUGUUAGGGAACUUCUCAAGGCAAAUGCACAUGUCGACAUUUUAGAUGAAGAUGGGCACACUCCUCUUUACUAUGCUACAUGGGAGGGCCAUGUGGAAUGUGUUGAAGAGCUUUCUGCUGCUUUGGCCAAAUCAAACGGCUCCUCUUGUGACCAAUCAAUUCCCAUUCCAAUCAACAACAACACAAAUAAUACUGCAGCCUCAUCUUCUGCAAUUUCAAUACCUUCAAACACUGCCAACAGUUUUUCUAGUAACUUUAUGGACCCCUCAUCUUACUCCUCAUCUCUUUCUCCAAAUGACAUGGACAUUGAGAACUUGGAUAUGGAUGGUAUCCCUGAUUUGUCUCUCCCUCCUCCAAUUCUCCCCCUGCGUCGCUAUGGUCACAAUUUCCUUGACAAGAAAAUUUUUGUACAACUUCUUUUUGAUGCUGCUUCUUCUUCUUCAUCCAAAAUCCCAGUUAUUGAAUUUGACAAGGAUGAUGACACUCUGCCUGCAGGUCGCUUGACCAUUUCCUCAAGAAACAAUCAUGAAAUAAUUCCGCAAAGCAUUAUUUUACCCAUUUCCGAAAAUGACAAGACUAGAAUCUCUUUCCAAGUUGAUUCUCUUGAAAACUUUGCAAUCGAUUUUGAAAUUUAUCCAACUUAUGGUACAAAGAUUGUGGCUAAAACUGCAGCCUUAUCUUACAUUUUUAACCAGCAACAAGCAUUCAAUCCAGAAAAUCAGCAUAUUCUCGGAACUAGACAUUUCUGUACUCUCCCUCUCUUUGAUAUGCGUCUUCAAACAGUGGGAAGAAUUAACUUUGCUUUUCAAAUUGUAUUGCCAUUUUCUGGUAAACCGUUGGAAAUUACCAAGUUUGACACUUACUGGAAGUCAACGUCCCAAUUCGACCAACAGGGUCAAGGGUCGCAGCAACAACAACAACAACAGCAGCAACAGCAACCUCAAUUACCUCAACAAGUUUUGCAUGAUACAUCCUCUCUACUCAACUCGUCACUGCCGGCCCUUCCUGCUAGUAAUAAUAACUCCCAUACAUCGCAGGUUCAAAUGCUGCUACAAUCUCAAAGAUCUGGUUCCCCCAUUAUUAGCAAUACUUUGAAUAGCAUAAUCGCUGGUGGAACCAAUACCCCCACUGGUCAUUCCUCCUCAAUUUAUGGCCACGGUGCUCACCCUCCUGCACCAACUGGACCCUCUUCAUUUUCUUCUUCAUUCCACCACCACCAUGGCUUUUCACAAACCCUCUCACUUGUCACUGCUUCCUCACUUUCUGGUGAGUUUUCUCGCAUCAGUGUCUGCUUAACGCGUGAUCUGAUACCAGUGGUGGCGAAUUUUUGGAAUAUUUAUGUCAACAAGGUGGUGGACGUCCCCAUUGGUCAUUUAAAUCUUUACCAGAUUCUUUCCCUUUCUUCGUCUGGUGUCCCCCCCAAGGAUUAUCUGGUUGAGACAAAACGCAAGCUGGCUGCUGCCUCUUCUCCUGAAGAAUUGCAUAAGGCUCUUUCCAAGUGCAACCGCAUCAUUCCGUUGAAGGAUUUUCUGCAAGCCACUCCAGUUGAGGCUAAGCUCGACAUUUCUGUUUUGUACCCCACGCGUGCCGAGGCUGUCUACAUGAACCUCGGAGUAAACACUUUCCCUGAUCUUAACGUUUAUGUGGACAAAAUUCUUACAGUCUUGUUUGACCAUGUUCGUGAGGUACGCAGUUCCCGGAACCCAGAAAAUGCGCCAUAUGGUGGAACUCCUUCACAAACGCGAUCCGUAAUUUUCUCUUCUGCCCAUCCGGACGUGUGCACAGUGCUCAACUGGAAACAGCCCAACUAUCCUGUGUUUUUCCACGCAAACGCAGUUAAAAUUGAUACAGGGGUACUCAAAUCCGCGGUACUCAAAAAACGCAGAGAGGAUAGCGAUGGUGACGUGCAGCUUGGCGAUGAGGAGGAAACUGGAAGCUCAAAUGCUCACGCGUUUAGUAUUUUCAGUGCACAUGGACUGCCUGUCCCUGAAACUGACCGUCGGUGCACUUCUCUCAAGGAAGCUACACUGUUUGCUGCAAACAAUAACCUCCUAGGUCUUAUUGUCAGUGCAGAUUUGCUUUCACUUGUUCCCAGCUUGGUAAGCACCAUUCGUGUGUUUGGCCUUGUUUUGGUGAGCGAAUGCAAAGACAAUGAGCCAGCAACAACUGCAGAUGAAAGUUCUUCUGUUGCUUCUGUUGCUCCUGUUGCUCCUGUUACUAAUUCUUUGCCAGUACCCAAGCCAGUUAAUGGAAAGCCAAAGUCGUCUUCUCUUUCAGAAAUGCUAUCGUCUAAGGAAUCAGAUCGAAAUUCGUUGAAUGAUGCAAAAACUACUACUGUCCCUACAACUACAAAUAUUCUGACUUCACCCCUAAUUGCCUCGCUCAUUUCGUCUACCUUGGAUACUAGGGUAACAGGAUCUGGGACUUCGUUACUCAAUAACUCGACAACGCCUAGUGCUCAACAACAGAUGGCUAUGUUACCUGGGGUUGAUGGGUUCCGUAAUGGAAAUGUACUCAAGUUUAAGGGUGCUAUAGACAUGUAA